AUGCUAAGUAGUGGGGAGACGAUCUUUAUGGUUCUGGCAAGUGCUGAAUUCCUAUUGGGCAUUCUGUUAAAUGGAUUCAUCAUUUUGGUAAAUUGCAUUGACUGGGUCAAGAGCAAGAAAUUGCCAUCAAGUGAUGUCAUCCUGCUCAGUUUGGCAAUCUCCAGAAUUGGAUUAUCAUGUACAAUGGUAUGGGAUAGCUAUUUAAUUGUUACCUCUAUUAAUUUACCCACCCAAGUAAGAAUGAUUGACAUCUUCUUGGCACUGACUCAUGGUUCAAAUAUUUGGUUUACUGCUCUUCUCAGCAUCUUCUGCUUCCUGAAGAUCACCAACUUCUCUAAUCCAUUCUUCCUCUGGAUGAAAUGGAGAAUUGACAGGACGGUCGUCAUGCCUCUUAUGGGGCCCUUGAUUAUCUAUUUUUCCAUAGGCUUUCCCAUGAUGGAGAGAAUAUAUUAUUACCAUGGCAGCCUCUUUAAUAGAGGAAGGGAGAGAAAUGUGUCCCAGGAGGUCCAAGAGAGCAAAAGUAUGUACCUCAUGUUACAGAUUGCCUUUGGCCUUAUGAUUCUUAUUCCUUUUACUCUGUCUGCAGUGUCCUUCUCCCUAUUUGUUCUCUCCCUGUGGAGGCAUACUCGACAGAUGCGACUCAAUGCCACAGGUCAGAGAGACCCUAGCACAGAAGCCCAUGUUCGAGCCAUGAAAGCUGUGUCUUCCUUCCUGAUUCUCAUUUUGUUGUACUAUGUGGCUUUCUUUGUCAGCUACUGGAGCAACUCAAAGGACAAUUAUAAGCUGACUUCUAUGUUGGGUACAUCAAUCAUGUUGCUCUAUCCCUUUGGCCACUCAUUGAUCCUGAUUCUGUGGAACAGCAAGCUGAGAAAGGCUGCUCUGAGGGUGUCAUGGCUGAUGAGGUGCUGCUAG